AAAUAGUACCUCUUCGGGUCGUUCUAUCCGCCUAUACAGCUCGCAGAAUGGUGACGUCAGCAAUGGCAACGUCGUUAAGCCUAUCAACCGCUUCUCCUGGUUACAAAGUCUCAUCUUUUCCACUGUUUCCGCAGCGAAACUUAACUUUGAGACCUGUAAUUUCAGCUCUGUCAAGCUCCUAUGGCGAUUCUUCGUUAAUUGGAUUUUCUAGUAGAAGAAGCAGAUUGCCUUUAAAGCAUGACCACCAGGGUGAUUUUUAUUCUAAUCCAAGUAAUGGUGUGAUAGAAGCCAAAAAAGGGAAUCCACCCAUCAUGCCAGCAGUGAUGACUCCUGGGGGACCUUUAGAUCUUUCAACAGUAUUGUUCAGAAAUCGCAUAAUCUUUAUUGGGCAGCCAAUUAAUUCACAAGUAGCUCAGAGAGUUAUAUCGCAACUAGUGACAUUGGCAACAAUUGAUGAAGAAUCCGAUAUUUUGAUGUAUCUGAACUGCCCAGGUGGAAGUACAUACUCUGUCUUGGCCAUAUAUGACUGCAUGUCCUGGAUAAAGCCAAAGGUUGGCACAGUAUGUUUCGGGGUAGCUGCAAGCCAAGGUGCACUUCUUCUUGCUGGUGGAGAAAAGGGAAUGCGGUAUGCAAUGCCAAAUGCCCGUAUAAUGAUACAUCAACCACAAAGUGGGUGCGGGGGUCAUGUGGAAGAUGUAAGGCGCCAAGUAAAUGAAGCUGUUCAAUCUCGUCAUAAAAUCGAUAAAAUGUAUGCUGCCUUUACUGGCCAAUCUCUUGAGAAGGUGCAACAGUACACAGAGAGAGACCGUUUCUUGUCUGUGUCUGAGGCUAUGGAGUUUGGUCUCAUUGAUGGGGUUUUGGAAACAGAGUACUAAAUGCAGAGGCAUAUAUUCAAGACAGCUGAAUCCGUACAAUCACAUUCUAAAUUUACACAGCUCUGGUACCAUGAGAUGCAAUCAGGGCAAACAGGCCCAACAUUGAGCUGGUUGCGGAUGUAUCAUCCUCAGAUAUUACACCAUUUUUUUUUUUUCUUUUUGAUUUAGUAACACCAAUUUUAGAAUGGAUCCAUCUGAGAGUAGAUAAAUGUAUUGAAUCUUUGAAACAUUUUGACCUAAGAAGCAUUACUUAAAGCUUAGCAAUAUGGUAAAGUAAAACAAGUGACAUCCGCAUUGUGGGGAAGAAUGAGCUUCUAUUUGCAAUGUCA